AUGAAAAUGCUAGAUGAUAUUAAGUAGUAGGUAGAGAAGGAAAUGAAAAAAUUUGAUCCAAGAUUGGCAGGAAAGAAAUAUUUGAAAAUAACUCAAUCCAUUAAGGAUUCAUUUCUCAAGACAGUUGUGUGUGAUAAAUAAAGCAUUAAAGCUGCUGCCAAUUCUAUAGGUAUCAAUUAUUCUUCAGCCAAAGCCAUAUGGGCUGAAUUCAGAUCCAAAUCAAAAAUUAAGAAAAACAAAAAAACUAAUGAGCAACAAAAAACUGAAUCCUCUGAAGUUAUGAAAAGAUGUCAAUACAAAAUUCUUAAUGGUUGCAAUAAGAUUAAGAAAUUAUUCCUGGAAAUCAAGUCGUCUGUUGCAGAGCGUUUAAGUUCUACCUACUUGAUUUCCUUGGAUGGAGGCCCACGAGUUAACUAGUAUUUCCAAAGCAAUAAACGCAGAGAAGACAGUGCUCUUAAAGCUGUAAGAUUAGAAACUAAUAUUCGAACUCCAAAAAUGAGGAUGCAAAACUCAGCUGAUGAUUAAUUUAAUAUACACAACUUAUAGAACGUCCCUCUUUAAUUAAGGUAUAGUCCUUCCUUAAGAAUGAAAAACCAUAGAAAUUCACUCAAGCCUAAUGAAAACCCAAAAUACCCCGAAACUUACACUAAAACAACAAGAAAAGCAAUGUUAGAUUCGUUCUACCAUUAACUUGGAACUGAUGAAGACAUUACACCUAUCAAAAACGCAAAAUAACGAAGACUUCAGCCAAUCAUUUUAACACCCUAAUCUCAAACCACUAAUUUUGUAAAAUAGAACAUAUUGGUAGAAGAUGAAAAUAUAGAGGAAGUUCAUUUUCACUUUGUAAAUAUGCAACAUUAAUAUAAAUCUUGGAUAUAGAAGUUGGAAAAGAAGAAUUACAGCAAAUGA